AUGCUUUUCGACUUGAGUUCACUUCAAAAUGGUUAUUAUGAAAACUUGAAGGGUCCUGUGGAUUUUACGAUUCCAAUUUGGUAUGCCCCAUACUUCAAUAGCAUUGGUUUUAUCUCCCUAGUGCUUAGUAAUACAGCAGCUUUGCUAAUUAUUUUCAAAAGUGAGAAACUCGAUAAUUUCAAGUAUUUUUUGUUUUCUCUUCAAGUCUCAAGUUUGGUUAUGGAUUUCCACUUGAGUAUUUUAUGCCAGCCAAUAUAUUUUCUCUCUGCGUACACUGUCAAUUGCAUUGGGGUAGCAGCUCCCGUGAUAUGGUGUAAUUCUUUAAUGGCUCUGGAACAAAGCUUCAACUGUGUGCAGUACCUAUGCUUGCUCUUUUGUUUUAUGCGACGACACCAAUCGGUUGCAAAUAUCACAAGCAGGCAUGUCAUCCCGGCUAGAAUGUUUCAGUUUCUAAUGUUUCUCGCCUUCUCCUUUCCGCCAUUCGCUGCCUUCUUCUGGUACCAUGCUGGAAUUUCAGAAGACUUGUUGCCAGGCUUUAUUGAUAGGGUGUUCCCGGAAUAUAAAUCAAAGUUCUCGAGCUUGCACAACUUUACAAUAUAUCAACUGAACUUCUCUUUGGGUGUCGUCGGUGUUAUGGGAUUUACGGGAAUCUUUGUCGUUUUCCAAGCCAUUGCUAUGACAACAAUGGACACUAUGAAAAUGCUCAAAGGAGCGAGAAAGACAAUUUCAGCGCAGAGCUAUGACCGUCAGAGAUCUGCGAUGAAAAGUCUUAUUGCUCAGUUCCUAGCUUCAUGUCUACUAGUUCUACCUGCAGCUUCGUUCUAUGUUAUAUCAGUGUACCCGAUAAACUAUGGGCAGGAAAUAGUAAACAUUUCUAUGGCGAUAUUUGCAACCAGAUCAUCUGUGAACGCUGUGAUCCUUGUCGCCACGACACCUCCGUACAGGGCAUUUUUGUUCGGAAGGAUUGCAUCGAGUCGGCAAAAAGCGGCUUCUACUGUUGUGGUGUCUAUGAAUACUGCGAUCGGUUCUUAAGAUUGUAUUUUUGGAUACGAACAAUAAUAAAUCAUUAGAGGUA